AUGACCCGGGAUAUGAAACCCAAUCGGCACCCUCCACCGCGUGUCCCCGUCCCCGUCCCCGUCCCCGUCUACGUCCACGUCCCCGUCCACGUCCUCCAGUCUCGGUGUUACCACUGCCAGUUUCACUACUGUUUGUUCCACGCCCACGUCCCCUUCCCCGCGGCCGUCCUCGUCCUCGUCCUCGGCUCUCCUCCUAUAACGAAGGAUCGCGGUAUAUAG